AAAGCGCCACCAACUUAAGUUCUUGAUCAGUGGGGGAUACUGGAAGAAUGGCAGCAACAGGAGAUGUGCUUCAAAAGAAUUGAUCCAAAUAACCCAGCAGCCAGCUUUUCAGAAAUUUAUGUACCAGGUGGAACCAAAAGCAUCAGGCUUAAUGCACAAGGAAAUUUACCAGCCUGGAAGCCUACGUCUGGGAAAUUGCAAAAAUGGAAAGAUGCGCAUUGUCACUGUAGACAUUCUGCCAACCACACAGGUCACAGUUCAAGAAGAUAUCAACAUGCAGAAUGUGAACUUGCAACCAAAGUGCAAAGAAUUCAAAGCAUGUGUCGCACAAGACAAGAGUCUUAUACAUAAAGGAGACGUUUUUGCAUACUACAACCGUAACAAUGAGGCUUGCUUUGGAAAAUUUUGCACAUCAGUACAAUUUUCAUUGGAUGGUGUUACAGAAAAUUGGGUGCUACUUGCAGAGUUCAAAAAGAAGAUUGAUGAUAAUGGCAAUAUAGUAUACGGGAAAUUCAGAUCACCGUUGCUUGAAGAAACAGAAACAAAAAGAUUGAUACCAUCUACAGCCUUGUUGGAGAAAGUAAGUGUGGUACAUAACUGUGACUACCAAUGUGGAUUUGUGGAUGCCGAGAUGCCUGUUGUAGAGGAAAGAGAAGUUACCAACAAAGAUAAGCAUAUAUUUGAACAUGACCAAUCUAACAAAGUACACAUGUUAAUGUUCCCUCCGAGCAACAACGUGGCGUCGUUGACAGGUCGUCAUUCCCAUUAAAUGGAACUUCGGCGGGAAAAUCCAAUAUGACGCGUAAUACGAACCCUACGUGUUUUCGUUGCCUUAGACCAGGACACUUCGCGAGGGAUUGUAGAGCAGCAAACACAACCCGAACAGUUACAUUCAAUGGAGUGCAACCAGGAACACUUGCACAACAACCAGCUUCCCAAUGAAUGGGAGAAAGAUAACUUUAUAAAUAAUGUAACCAUGGAAAAUUUUAAAUCAGGGGAGUCGUUGAAUUGUGUUAAUAGUUUUGUUAAUGUUGAGAAAUUGGACAUAAACUCGAGUUCAAAAGUGAAAGGUCGCUUACGAGAAAAUAUUUCAUUCUGGGAAAGCAUUGGUGCAAACAAUUGGGUACUAAAAAUUAUUCGGGUAGGGUAUUCCCUGCCAUUCAUUGACAUGCCUAAACAAGUGACACUAGCUAAUCACAACAGUGCACUUGGGGCAUCUAACUUUGUGUCAAAAGAAAUUGAGAAACUUUUAUUGUCAGGAGCAUUGGUCGAAGUUAAAGAACAGGAGGUGACAGUGUGUAGUCCAUUGGGAGUUGUGUAUAAUCGUUCUGGGAAACAUAGACUGAUUUUAGACUUGCGCUAUGUAAACAAGCACUUGCGAUCUUGUAAGUUCAAGUAUGAGGAUAUUCGAACAGCAACAACCCUAUUCACCCAAGGGGACUGGUUUUUCAAGUUUGAUUACACCAGUGGUUAUCACCACAUAGAGAUUUUUCCUCCCCAUACCACUUUUCUUGGUUGUUCGUGGAAAGUUAAUGGAUCUCAAAAUUUUUUUAAAUUUACUGUCUUCCCAUUUGGCCUAUCGACCGGUCCAUAUGUAUUUUCGAAGAUACAACGAGUUUUAGUGAAGCACUGGAGAGGGAAAGGUAUUAGAAUCUUUACAUACCUUGAUGAUGGUGCUGGAGCUGAGUCUAGCAAAGAGGAAGCUCAGAAAACAUCUAUGUUGGUGCAGCACGAUGUGGCACAGAGUGGGUUUGUAGCCCAUAACGACAAGUGUCAAUGGGAACCCUGUCAGUCAGGCGAGCUGCUGGGCUUUAUUAUGGAUCUGCAGUCAGGUACAUUUUCUGUCCCCCCCAAAAGAGUGGAACAUCUUCGAAGGGUACUUCAGGAGAUUACUGUACAGGAGUUCAUCACGUCUGCAAGAAACCUUUCACGUCUCACUGGGCUUUUGGUGUCAAUGGGGCUGGCACUGGGACCUGUAGUGCGCCUUCGGACCAGGGGGCUAUACAGACAAUCCUCCAAUCCCUAUUUUGGGAUAUUGUAUCUACAAUUUCAGACGAGGCCAAGAGGGAAGUUCAGUUUUGGACAGAGAACUUUAAUAAUAGUGGUUACCCCAUAUGGUCUCCCAGUCCAAAAACCGAAGUAAUAACUUACUCUGAUGCCAGCAAUACAGGCUGGGGUGGUUAUGCUGUUCAGAUUGGUGAAAUUUCAGCUACUGGUUGUUGGUCGGAAGCCGAGGCGAAAGAGAGUUCAACAUGGAGGGAGAUCAGAGGAACUAAGUUGGUAUUACACUCAUUGCUGAGCAAACUUUCUGGCAAGGAAGUGCUACACAGGACGGACAACAUGAACACAGUACGUAUCAUGUCAGUGGGAAGCAGGAGGCAAGCUCUACACCAGGAGGCCAUUGAGGUAUACAAACUUUGCCAAGCUAACAACAUUCGGUUAUCAGUAGAAUGGGUGAGUCGUGAUGAAAAUGAGCUGGCUGAUGCAUUAUCAAGGAUAGACGAUGCAAAUGACUACAAUCUAGACCAAUCGGCAUUUCUCCAACUGGAGGACCGUUGGGGUCCCCAUACUGUUGAUCGCUUUGCAAGUGUAAAAACCAAGCUAUUGCCCCGUUUUUGCAGUCAAUUCCUAAACCCGGGGUGUGAGGCAGUGGAUGCAUUUACUGCCAAUUGGGCAGGUGAGAACAACUGGAUUUUCCCCCCACCAUAUCUCAUCCCACGAGUGCUACAACGCAUGGCUGCAGGAAAAGAAACUGGAACAAUAAUUUUACCAGAAUGGCAUUCAGCUCCAUGGUGGCCUCUAUUAGUGACAAAGGAAGGAUUGUGGAAAACCUUUGUAAAAGAUAGCUGUACAUUUGAGCCAUACGAUGGUAUCCUGGUCCCUGGUUCAGCGGCAAGCAGCCAAUUUGCAUCAGGCAUACCUGCAUAUUCUAUCCUCGCGCUGCGAGUCCAGUUCUUUUAGGGGGUAUAGCAUUGGUGAGUACUUGUCUGGGACAAAUAUCAGGCCAUGAGGGGUAAAGAUUACUUGCUGGGGGCAACAAAUGCCUGUUAUGGGCACGAAAUGCCUGUUAGGGGCAAGAAAUGCCUGUUAGGGGCAAGAAAUGCCUGUUAUGGGCAAGGAAUGCCUGUUAGGGGCAAAGAAUGCCUGUUAGGGGUAAGGAAUGCCUGUUAGAGGUAAAGUAUGCCUGUUAAGGGCAAAGAAUGCCUGUUAAAGGCAGACUGCCUGUUAGGGGCAAAGAAUGCCUGUUCGGGGAAAAAUACUUGUUAUGGCACAAUGUUGCCUUUUAAGCCAUUUAACAUGCAUGAUUGAUUGUGUUUUAAGUUGUGCGACGUGCUUUAGAGACGGUUUUACUACCAGCAACUAUUAAUCCUGCACACUUCGAAGACCCAGAGUUGGCUGAAUUGGCUCGCGUUCUGCCUGGUAUCUUAAGCCGUGUUUACACGAAGGGGCUGACAUUUACCUGACAUUUGCCCGUACCUGAGAAGUACCUAACCAAGUUUUACAGGGUGUGUUUACACCAGUUACCUAACGGGACUUAUAUAAAUCACGCAACAUAAAGUACUGUGAGAAGAGUAUUAAAAUAUAAGUUUGCAGUUCUUUGUUUGUUUAUUUCGUACAAACUACAAAGACUCGUAAAAGAAUACGACGUAUAACUGGGAUUACUGGCAAACAACGAUUUCAUGCAAAAUUAAAAAAUAUAUGAUAUAUAUUCGGCAACGGUUCCGAAAUUCGCCAUGUGGCUAAUUAUCAACUCUGAAUUUCCCCAUAAUUUUUGCAAAAUCGCGCUAAAAUUCUAAGACCGCUAAAUGCUGACAUCAAAGACUCGAAUUUACGUUUGUUGUCAAGGAAAUUAGCUUCGAUUACACUUGGGUCAAUGAAAAUGUGUUUACACCACCAGAGUGACCUGAGACUUACCUAGGACUUACCUAAUAUCAUGUUUUCAGGCCACCUCUAAUGCUUGGCCUGAAAUCAUGGUCUUAGGUCGGUCCUAGGUCGGUCUUAGGUCAGUCCUAGUGCGUUUACACUACAGGACUAACUGCUUAAGUUAGGUCUUAGGUCAGGUAUAGGUCUCUAGUGUAAACACUGCUUUAGUUCAGGACAAGGCAGAAAAAACGGUAUCUACAUAUGUGAAUGCUUUUGGCAGAUGGAAAGAAUGGGCUAUGCAUCAUGACGUGGUGGCCUUGCCAGCAGACCCGGUAACUUUUUCCUUGUAUUUAGUAUAUCUAAUCCAGCAAGUUAGAUCCAUAGCAGCCAUUAACUCAAUUGUUUA